GAUCAGUUAAGGAUUUAUACUAGUACUAGAUUUGACAAGACACGUUAAACUUAAAGUGAAGAGUGGUUACACUGAAUAAAAAUAUCAUUUCAUAUUAUUAUUUAAAACUUUAGGCGCGCUUGAUAGCAAUUAUUGUUUGCAAUCUUAUUAGAUUUGGGGUCAAGUUUGGAAGGACAAAGAGAAAAAUGAGCAAAUCAAGCAAAUUAGGAAACACUGGGAAAAGUCCUCUAAUGGAUCUUUUUGCUAACAUGACUGCAAAGCAAACUAAAGAGGUGCCAUUGAAACAAGCUGAGGAUCAAAAUAAUAUAGACAUAGUGGAAGAUGAAAAUCUUCUGACAACUGCUGGUUCCAAAAAGGGCAACAAAAGAUUGUCUGUAGAAAGAAUUUAUCAAAAGAAAUCGCAACUGGAGCACAUUCUGCUCCGGCCAGACACAUACAUAGGCUCUACUGAACCCUUAACUCAGCCAAUGUGGGUUUAUGAUGAAGAAGCUGGUGGGAUGGUUCACAGAGAAAUAACGUUUGUGCCAGGUCUUUAUAAAGUUUUUGAUGAAAUCUUGGUGAAUGCAGCAGACAAUAAACAAAGAGACAAAAAGAUGGACUGUAUUAAGAUUGAAAUUGAUCCAGAAAAUAACAAAAUCAGCAUUUGGAACAAUGGUAAGGGCAUACCAGUUGUUGAACACAAGGAUGAAAAAAUGUAUGUUCCAACCUUGAUCUUUGGACACUUGUUGACAUCGUCUAACUACAACGAUGAGGAAAAGAAAGUUACAGGUGGACGAAAUGGGUAUGGUGCUAAAUUGUGCAACAUAUUUAGCACAAAAUUCAUUGUAGAGACUGCCUCAAAGGAGAGUGGCAAGUCAUUUAAACAGAUAUGGACGGAUAAUAUGACAAAAACAACAGAUGCCAAGGUUAAGCCUUUCAGUGGAGAAGACUUCACGUGCAUCACAUUUCACCCAGAUCUUGCUAAGUUUAAAAUGGAAGCACUGGACAAAGAUCUUAUUUCAUUAUUGUCUCGACGAGCAUUUGAUAUUGCUGGAACAUCAAGAGGUGUAAAAGUCAUUCUGAAUGGGAAAAGACUUCCAGUUAAAGGUUUCAAGGAUUAUAUAGAACAAUACGUAAAGGGACGGGAGGAUGAGGAUGGCAACCCCCUGAAGGUUAUUUAUGAUAACGUGAAUGAUCGAUGGGAAAUAGCUGUGACACUUAGUGUCCAUGGGUUUCAGCAGGUCAGCUUUGUGAACAGUAUUGCAACAACAAAGGGUGGUCGACAUGUUGAAUACGUUAGUGACCAAAUCAUCAAUAAACUUGUAGAAGUUGUGAAAAAGAAGAAUAAAGGAGGUGUACAAGUUAAACCUUUCCAAAUCAAGAACCAUAUGUGGAUAUUUAUCAAUGCCCAAAUUGAAAACCCAACCUUUGAUUCCCAAACUAAAGAGAACAUGACCUUACAACCAAAGAACUUUGGAUCUAAAUGUCAACCAGAUGAAAAGUUCUUCACCCAGGUUUUGAAAUGUGGAAUUGUAGAGUCAAUCAUGAACUGGGUGAAGUUUAAGGCUCAGACUCAGUUGAACACAAAAUGCAGCUCUAAGAAACAUUCAAAGCUCAAGGGUGUUCCUAAGUUAGAAGAUGCCAAUGAUGCUGGCACUAAAAACUCUAUCAACUGUACUCUCAUCCUCACUGAGGGAGAUUCAGCCAAAUCUCUGGCUGUGUCUGGCCUUGGUGUUGUGGGUAGAGAUAAAUAUGGAGUUUUCCCCUUAAAAGGAAAGAUACUGAAUGUGAGGGAAGCAACUCAUAAACAGAUCUUAGAAAAUGCAGAAAUCAAUAACAUUAUCAAGAUUAUGGGCCUGCAGUAUAAGAAAAAGUAUGAGAGCAUAGAAGACUUGAAAUCACUGCGUUAUGGAAGAUUAAUGAUCAUGACAGAUCAGGAUCAAGAUGGUUCACACAUCAAAGGUCUCCUGAUCAACUUUAUCCAUCAUAAUUGGCCCAGCUUGUUAAGACUUCCAUUUCUGGAGGAAUUUAUCACCCCCAUUGUGAAGGUUACAAAAGGUAAAGAAGAAAAAAGUUUUUUUAGUUUACCAGAAUUUGAAGAAUGGAAAGCAAAAUCAUCAAAUUGGAACACUUGGAAGGUCAAGUACUACAAAGGUCUUGGUACUAGUACUGCAAAGGAAGCCAAAGAGUACUUUGCUGAUAUGAAUCGACACAGGAUAAAAUUUCAGUACCAAGGACCCGAAGAUGAUGAUGCUAUUCAGUUAGCUUUCAGUAAAAAAAUGAUUGAACAAAGAAAAGACUGGCUUACCAGUGGCAUGGAAGAACGAAAACAACGACGAGAACUUGGGCUGCCAGAGUUGUACUUGUAUGAAAAGACAACAACCCAUGUUACUUACAAUGACUUUGUGAAUAGGGAGCUGAUUCUUUUUAGUAAUAUGGACAAUGAAAGGUCUAUUCCAUCUCUUGUAGAUGGGUUAAAGCCAGGACAAAGGAAAGUAAUAUUCACCUGUUUCAAAAGAAAUGACAAACGAGAAAUCAAGGUUGCACAGUUUGCUGGAUCCGUUGCAGAACAUUCUGCGUAUCAUCAUGGUGAAAAUUCCUUGAUGGCAACUAUCAUUAACUUAGCCCAAAACUUUGUGGGUAGUAACAACAUAAACCUUCUACAGCCAAUCGGUCAGUUUGGCACACGUCUUCAGGGAGGAAAAGAUUCUGCCAGCCCUCGAUACAUCUUUACCAUGCUCAGUUCUUUGGCUCGGCACAUCUUCCCAUCUAAUGAUGAUCCACUACUGUGUCAUCUGUAUGAAGACAACCAGAAGAUUGAGCCUGAAUACUAUGUACCCAUAAUUCCAAUGUUGCUUGUAAAUGGAACAGAAGGUAUUGGUACUGGUUGGAGUACCAAAAUUCCAAAUUAUAAUCCAAGAGAGAUCAUUGAAAAUAUUCAAAGAAUGUUGGAUGGUGAAGAACCACAACCAAUGAAACCCUGGUUCAAAAACUUCAAAGGUACUAUUGAACAGUUGGAUAACCAGAGGUUUGUCAUUAGUGGGGAAGUAUCUGUCUUGGAGAAAAAUAAGAUUGAGAUAUCUGAGUUGCCAGUACGCACUUGGACACAGCAGUACAAGGAACAGGUUCUUGAACCAAUGUUGUAUGGCACAGAGAAAAUCUCACCACUCAUCACUGAUUACAAGGAGUAUCAUACAGAUACCACAGUAAAGUUUGUUGUGUCUUUGAGUGAAGACAAAUUGGGUAAAAUUUAUGAAGAAGGCUUACAUAAAAUCUUCAAACUUCAAUCCACCAUUACUACAACUUCCAUGGUUUUAUUUGAUCACAAAGGGGUUUUGAAACGUUAUGAUAGUCCAGAAGAGAUUUUAAAAGAGUUCUUCAAUGUUCGAUUGGAUUUCUAUAACAGACGUAAGGCUUAUCUAGAAGGAAUGUUGUCAGCAGAAUCCAGAAAGUUAGAAAAUCAGGCCAGAUUCAUAUUAGAAAAAAUUGAAGGAACAAUCAUUAUUGGUAACAUGUUCUUCUAA